CUCUUACUUGCACUGAUCUAAGAAGACACUACAAUCCCAAUUUCUCAAUCUCGAGAGAACCCACGAUAUCAAUUGGAGCGAAGUGAAAAACAAUAUCAACAAGCAUGGCAGCGUCGGCAGCAGCGAAGCAAGCCAUCCGGCGAGCACAGCUAUAUGUCCCCGGCUCCUCCACGCGCUUCCUCGAAAAAUCCCGCUCCAUCCCAGCAAUAGACUCAAUCUGCUACGACCUAGAAGACUCGGUAACACCCAGCCAAAAACCCUCCAGCCGCACCAACAUCCUAGAAAUCCUCAACCGCGCCCGAGCCCCAGGAAUCCGGGAACAAGCCGUGCGCAUCAACGCCGUAGACUCCGGCUACGCCCUCGACGACCUGACCGCAAUCCUGCCGGGAAAAAAUCUCGACUGCAUCGUCGUCCCCAAAGUCGAUGCCCCCAAAGAUCUGCACUUCGUCACAGACGUCCUGAAACAAAUCCUCCCCUCACGCCACGGCCCCGAAUCCCAAAAUCCAAUCAAAAUAAUCGCGUUGGUGGAAAGUGCGAGGAGUGUGAUGGAUCUCGAUACGAUUUGUAAAGCUUCCCCAUUCCUCUCCGGGCUCACCUUCGCGGCCGAAGAUUUCGCCAUGGACCUCUCGCUCACGCGCACGCCGAGUUUGCAUGAAUUCAUGUAUGCGCGCUCGGCGAUCGUGACGGCGGCGAGGGCGCAUAGUUUGCCUUCGGCGUUGGAUCUCGUGUCGACGACGUUUCGGGGGGAGGAAGGGAGGAGGCAGUUGAGGGAGGAGUGUGAGAAUGGGAAGAGGUUUGGGUUUAAUGGGAAACAGUGUAUUCAUCCGGAUCAGGUGGGGGUUGUGCAGGAGGUUUAUAGUCCGAGUGAGAAGGAGACGGAGUGGGCGGUUAGGGUUGUGCUUUGUGAUCGGAAAGCUGAUGCUCAGGGGCGAGGGGCGUGGACUUUGGAUGGGAAGAUGAUUGAUGUGCCGGUUGUGGGGAAGGCGAAGGGGAUUGUGGCGAAGGCGGAGGUUUGUGGGUUUGAUGUUCAAGCUUUGAUGGAGAAGUUCAAGGAUGAGGAGCCGCAAUAG